ACACCUUACAGAUGUUAAAAAGUUCGAAUUGGAUUGCUGGGUCUUCGUAGUUCGUUUAGCCAGCCCUUCACGAUCCCGAAGGAUUCAGGAGGAAAGUAAACACACAGAGGAAAUGUCGACCGGGAGAGAGUCAUCCGUGGCGGUGGCGCGGGGCCGCUUAGCCGUACUUACUGCGCACCUUUUCUCGUCAACUGACCUCAACGAUGUCGCGCCAGCUCUUGGGCCCCACUGCCUCUCCGCUCAGACCUCGGUCCCUCCACCCGGCAACCUCCGAGGCUCGCUCACCAUCAUCGACGAGAGGACUGGGAAGAAGUACCAGGUCCCCGUAUCUGAGGAAGGAACCGUCAAAGCAACUGAUCUCAAGAAGAUUACAACUGGAAAGAAUGACAAGGGGCUCAAACUUUAUGAUCCGGGCUAUCUGAACACAGCUCCUGUCCGGUCGUUGAUUUGUUAUAUUGAUGGUGAUGAGGGUAUCCUUAGGUAUAGAGGCUACCCAAUUGAGGAGUUGGCAGAAAGUAGCACGUUUUUGGAAGUGGCGUAUCUCUUAAUGUAUGGGAAUUUGCCUUCUGGAAGUCAGCUAGCAGACUGGGAGUUUGCUGUUUCUCAGCAUUCAGCUGUACCGCAGGGAAUUCUGGACAUUAUACAGGCAAUGCCUCAUGAUGCACAUCCAAUGGGUGUACUUGUCAGUGCAAUGAGUGCUCUUUCAGUCUUCCAUCCUGAUGCCAAUCCUGCUCUUAGAGGCCAGGAUCUUUAUCGGUCGAAACAAGUGAGAGACAAACAAAUAGCACGCGUUCUUGGGAAGGCACCAACCAUCGCAGCAGCAGCUUAUUUGAGGAUGGCAGGAAGGCCUCCAGUUCUCCCAUCUAGCAACCUUUCUUAUUCAGAGAAUUUCUUAUACAUGCUAGAUUCAUUAGGCAAUAGGUCGUAUAAACCCAACCCUCGACUAGCUAGAGUUUUAGAUAUUCUCUUCAUACUGCAUGCAGAACAUGAAAUGAAUUGCUCCACGGCUGCUGCUCGACAUCUAUCAUCAAGUGGAGUUGAUGUAUACACUGCUCUUGCUGGGGCUGUUGGUGCACUGUAUGGUCCUCUUCACGGUGGAGCUAAUGAGGCUGUGCUUAAGAUGCUGGGUGAGAUUGGAACUGUUGAAAACAUUCCGGAGUUCAUUGAGGGUGUGAAGAACAGGAAGCGUAAGAUGUCAGGUUUUGGACAUCGUGUAUACAAAAACUAUGAUCCAAGAGCAAAGGUGAUAAAGAAACUGGCAGAGGAAGUAUUCUCCAUUGUUGGCCGGGAUCCUCUAAUUGAGGUUGCUGUUGCUUUGGAGAAGGCUGCACUAUCUGAUGAAUAUUUUAUUAAGAGGAAACUAUAUCCAAAUGUUGAUUUCUACUCUGGUUUAAUAUAUAGGGCAAUGGGAUUUCCGACAGAGUUCUUCACUGUUUUAUUUGCAAUCCCACGAAUGGCUGGGUAUUUGGCACACUGGAGAGAGUCCCUGGAUGAUCCUGAUACAAAGAUAAUGAGACCUCAACAGGUUUAUACUGGGGUAUGGCUGCGGCAUUAUAUGCCACUCAACGAACGGAUGGCAUUGACAGAGACAGACAAGCUUGGUCAGGUUUCUGUUUCAAAUGCCUCGAGACGGCGGUUGGCCGGAUCUGGGCUUUAGGCCAGGGCUUGUUCCAGAAUUCGCAUACCGAAAGAAUAACAUUUCUACCACAUCAUAAAUAAAUAAAUGUCUUUUUUGCAGAUUUCUUGCAGAUCAUAUGCUUACAAAUAGAACUGGAAUGGGUUUGUGGGUUAUUUUUAACUUUUUGGCAUUGUAUUACAGCACAAAUAAGGACGGUUUAUGAAUAUCAAAAUAAUAAAUAAAUAAAUAAAUAAGGACGGUUUA